AUGAGCACGACGGUUACUGUCACCGAGCAGCCUGCAAUUACUGCAGAAAAUGUUUUGCGCCUCUUUCCCGAAGUGAACACUACCCUCAUUGGGGGUUCGCACAACUCCGCCUCCAGCGAUAGUGCGUUAGAAGGCUACGACGAAGAGCAAAUACGGUUAAUGGACGAGGUGUGCAUUGUGCUUGACAACGAUGAUAUUCCAAUUGGCAGCGCGACAAAGAAAUUAUGUCAUUUAAUGGAAAACAUUGACCGAGGCCUCCUGCACCGCGCGUUUUCCGUCUUCCUCUUCGACUCUGAGAACCGUCUCCUCCUGCAGCAGCGAGCGACCGAGAAGAUUACAUUUCCAGACAUGUGGACGAACACGUGCUGUUCGCAUCCUCUAGGCAUACCCGGGGAGACUGGCGUAGGGCUGGAGGCCUCAGUACAAGGAGUGCGUCGCGCAGCGGUGCGCAAGCUGGACCACGAGUUGGGCAUCAAGGCCUCGCAGGUUCCCAUUGAUGAUUUCAAGUUCCUUACACGGAUACAUUACAAGUCACCAAGCGACGGAAAAUGGGGCGAGCAUGAGAUCGACUACAUUCUGUUCAUCAAGGCCGAUGUCGACCUGAACAUCAACCCCAACGAGGUCAAAGACUCUUGCUGGGUCUCCCAGGGAGAAUUGAAGGCCAUGUUCCAGGACAAGUCGCUCAAGUUCACACCAUGGUUCAAGCUCAUUUGUGAGAGCAUGCUUUUCGAAUGGUGGGACCACGUCGACUCCGGGCUGGAGAAGUACAUGGGAGAGACGGGUAUUCGACGCAUGUGA